AUGCUUGGGUAUUUUCUCUGUUGACUAGCUCACAUCAAUAGAUAUUUGAACGAAUACUCAGUCAGCCUGCAGCAGCGGCAAAAACGUAAGAUUUUUGAGAUUUUACUCCUCGCUAAAUCUGAUCAUUGUUGUUAUUACUAUAACCCAGGGAUGGAGAAUGGACCGCUGGAAUUUGCAAAAUGAGGUAUGUCACAUGUGACUGGCGAUAUGGGACAAGAAGGGAGUAUACGAAUGUCAGAUGACCCUUUAUCUCCACAUAUUACUACAUUUACAUCACAGACAUUAUUGUCUGUUGGAUAUCAACCCUGAAGAGGAAUCGUCAUGGAGUCACUAGAAGCUACUGUGGAGGUGAAAUGUUCUAAAGAGGAUCUAAAAAAGACAGCUACACAGACAAAGUUGGCAGCGCCAGAGGCUACAACUGCCCAAACUAAAAUGCCCCCUUCGGCUGAUUCUGAGGGGGAGGGGUGGCACCAAUGCCCACAACCAGAGGAGGACCAGAGUAGAACCACAUGUGGUUCAACAGACAAGCCUGACUCAGGGAAACUAAGACAAUUAGGGAAAUCACCACGCCAAUUACAGGAUCAAGCCUGCAGUCAUCCUCAUUACAACGUAUUAACAUCAUAUCCACCACUGGGGAGACAGGCAGUUCCCUUUGCUCGACAGAAAACGGCAGAUCGCUCGGUUUCUGCACAUCCGCUAUCCCAUGGCAACUGUGAAGGGCCCUCUCCUCAGAGGAGCGCCCCCAGUUUACCCGCGUCUCUUCAACACUGUUCCCAGUCAGGGAUAGAGGAGCUAUCCAAGGACGUGUGUAGUAAGCUGGAGCAGAAACAGCAGCAGAGGCCUGGGAAGUAUGUUUGUGAUUAUUGUGGGAGGGCAUGUGCCAAACCCAGCGUACUUAAAAAGCAUAUUCGCUCACAUACUGGGGAGCGACCCUACCCCUGCGUUCCCUGCGGCUUCUCUUUCAAAACCAAGAGCAAUUUAUACAAACACAGAAAAUCUCAUGCUCACUCUGUCAAAGCUGGGACAGUGCCAAUUUCAGAACUGGGUUCUUACAAUGCCAACAUAGAGGACCGGGGAUCUUUAGAAGGAGAAGGAGAGCUAUACUCUGACGCUGAGCAGAGCUCUGACACGGAUGAUGACUAUUCAUCGUUCUUGGACUCUGUUUCAGUCGAGGAACCAGAUAGCACCACUGCUGUGAAAGUACUGAAACUCAUUGCCCAGAAACAGGGAGUUACAUCAACAUUAUCUGAGGAGCGUUCAGCCAGGCUCCCAGGGAUCAAUGGUGCUCAAGCUCCAGCCGUUUCUCAGGUCAGUCGGGCAAUUCAAUCCAGCGCCAUCAAGCAGAGGCUGGCACUCCGGCUCUCAGAGAAAAGGAGCAGUGACACUGACACAUCUCUCUCCCUGCCUAGCCAGGGAAGCAAAGGCAGCACAGACUCAGGCUACUUCUCACGCUCUGAGAGCGCAGAACACCAAACUGGUGGUCCUCCCAACACAAACGCCAAGUCCUAUCAAGAGAUUAUGUUUGGGAAGUGUUACAAACCGAACCCGAAACAGGCCAGAACUGUUGUGACUUGCACUACAGACUUAAUAAGUGAUCGUAAGUCUUCAGAGCGAGGUGUUUCCCGCGUAUUCACACAAGAAAAGGAAUCAAUGAUAGAAUCGAUCAGAAUAAACACACAUUCAUUUACAAGGGAAGAAAUUAAAGAGGCUCAACUAGAGCUCUCCGAUUCUGGGCAGCUGGUGCGGAGCAACUCGAUGCCCACGUCCUCAGCUGCGUGUCUGGACAUGCCACAAGGCCUGCGAGGCAGCCACUCCUUUGAUGAGAGGGCGUCCCCUGGAGGUAUUAGGAGACUCAGGCGACAGGCUGCCUUUGAACACUCUGCACACGAUGGACACACAGAACUUCCUGACCACUACGGAAACAUCUCUGAUAUUUCCAACCUUGGAGUAGAGAUGGAAUUUGCGACGAGGAAACGACGGAAGGAAAACUGUAUCAGGGAGGAGGAGGAUAUAGCAAGCCAGUAUCACACAGACUACGACCACGCUGAAGAGACGAGGGACUGUGAUUCAAAGCAAGCCUCUCAAGGUGCUCUAACCACGACUCCUUCAGUGAAAGUACAUGCCCAAAGCGUGAAUACACAGGAUAGAGCGCAGUGUGAUAGACUGGACAUGGAAAUGUUGGAAGACACCACAGAGAAGAGAGCUUUAGGCAAUGUCAUCUCUGUGAUUCAACACACAAACUCCUUGAGCAGGUCUCACUCGGACGAGUCUUACAACCACCAGAGACGGGAAAAGCCUUCCUCAAUGGAAGUGGUGGAGCAAACCGAAACCCGAGAUAAAAGGACUGAGAUCAUUGCACACCAAUUGAGUGACAGUGGAUUGUUAGAUCAAUCAUAUCAAAUGACACCUAAGUUAGUCCGUCAGUCCAACAUACAGGUCCCAGAGAUCAGGGUGACUGUAGAACCUGACAGUCCAGAGAAAGAGAAAGCAGCGGAGGUGAAACAGGUGAAGGCGAAGGAGCCCGAUAGAUAUGUAGAGGAGUUCCAGUGGCCUCAAAGAAGUGAAACCCUGUCUCAGUUCCCCCCAGAAAAACUCCCUCCAAAGAAGAAGAGACUGCGCUUAGCUGACUUGGAGCACUCUUCUGGUGAGUCUAGCUUCGAGUCGGCCUGUACGAGCCUCUCCCGAAGCCCUAGUCAGGAUAGCAACCUAUCCUACUGCUCCAGCUUCUCGUUUGACCGAGAAGAGAGAGAGCGAGAGUUUAUCCCCAAGCCAGCUCCCCUGGCAGCUAGACAGGAUGAGUUUGGAAAAGCGUUGGAGUUCUUAGCUGUGCCAGGAAGCGCCCACUCCCUCUCUGUCCUGAACCAGCGUCAACAACAUGAAAUGAGACGCUCCUCUUCAGAACAGGCACCAUGCAACUCUCAGCGCAGAGAGCUCCCAGAGGUCCGAAGCGUAUCAUUUGACUACGGCAGUCUCUCUCCAAUGGCCAAAGUUAGACAUGCGGAACUCGGCGCCAGUUACUCAGAACCCAGACGGGGUAACUUGGUAAGACAGGCGUCCUUGAAUGUUGACCCUGAAUUUACACAUCCAGUCCUUCCGCUAAAUAUUCUUCCUCAGUACCUCAGCAAUGCCCUGUCGCUCUCAACCACUUCUCUGCUCUCGCAGUCUCUGCCAAUGUUUGCCCCUCAGCCACCACACUCCGGUCUCUUAGUUCCUGUUAGAAUACAGGCUCACGUGCCAUCUUACGGUAGCAUUACAUACACCACUGUGUCACAGGUUGUAGAGGAUCCAUACGAAAACUCUCUCACUUCUCACUUUGCACAUUUAUCCACAAAUUUAGAUGCGUUAUUAGGACACCCCCGAGGACUGUUGACCAACAACCCAGCCCAGAUUCAAGUUCUAGAUCUGUCACCAGCUAAGUUUAAGACAGGCAUCCCUCUAACCCUGACCUCCAGAACUAUCUCCACCACCAACUGUGGAUCCAGUGGUGGAUCCAACAAGCGCAUGUUGUCUCCGGCCAGCAGCUUGGACCUGUUCACGGAGGUAAAACAGCAGAAACGUGUCAAAGAGGAGAAAAUGUACGGUGAGAUAGUGGAGGAGUUGGGUGCUGUGGAGUUAGGGAACUGUAAUGUAACUGAAGAGAGCAAGUACAGUUUAAAGACUGAGUUUAAAAGUGACACCAACCAGGGAGCAUCACUGUCAUGCCUUUCUUCUAUAUCCUCUUUGUCUGUGUCAUCCUCACGUCAUUCUCAAGACGACCGAGCAAGUGAAAGCUUCAUCUCACCUCAGCAACAAGGGUCAGAAUGUCCUGAUUCCCCUAUGGAUAACUCCCCAACCGGAACACGCCUAUAUCCACCCUCUCUGAUUUCCCUAAAUGAUUUCAAAGAGUCUGGCAUGGACAGCAAGGCACAGAUGGAAAUUAUGGUGCAGGUAGUCAAAGGUCAGGGCAUCCUCAUCUCUGACGGUGAAAACACCAAACUGAUAUCUCAGUUUCCAAGUCUUCGCACAACGACAGUUGUGAGUUGGUGCUAUCUGAACUACACCAAGCCAAACAGCACUCACAACACUUGUCCUAUGUCCUCUGUGUACACUACGUGGUGCGUCAGUUCCCAUAACCCCAACCCUCCUAACCUCAACACCAGUGCAACCCUGGCUCUGCUCCGCUCCAAACAGAAGACUAACACAUGGGUGUACACCAUGGCUGCCAUGUACCAACCUGGGACUGGGAAACUGGUCUCCUCCUCACUCUUAUGGAGGCAGAGGCUUGAGCUGCUACAGAGCAAACCGGAGCUCAAAGAGCUGGAUGUGAUCUCCUGUGGAAGGAAAGUGAAGGAUGCCAGCUGCAGGGUAAAAGCAGUGAAGGAGGACUGGAAAGACAUGGAGGUCUCCUCGAAACAUACAGCAGCGCCAACACCAACACCAACCCAGAUCAAAAUCUUUGACGGAGGGUUCAAGUCCAAUGAGGACUAUGUGUACGUGAGGGGCCGAGGCCGAGGAAAGUAUAUCUGUGAGGAGUGUGGCAUCCGCUGUAAGAAACCUAGUAUGCUAAAGAAACACAUACGCACCCACACUGACGUCAGACCCUACGUUUGCAGGGUCUGCAACUUCGCUUUCAAAACGAAAGGAAACCUGACCAAGCAUAUGAAGUCAAAGGCUCACAUGAAGAAGUGUCUUGAGCUUGGUGUGUCAGUCACAGUGGAUGAUACAGAGACACAGGAAUCUGAUGACAUCCAGCAAGACUCGAAGACCGGGGUCUUGAGCUCAGCCAAACACCAGUUCUCGGACGCAGACGACUCCGAUGGCAUGGAUGAAGAGAUAGAUGACAUUGACGAAGAUGACGAUGAUGAUUACGACGGUGGCUCCACUCCAAAAAUCCGCUCCCGGAGCACCAGCCCUCAGCCCUGUGACAUAGCCUCUCCGUCGGUCACCGCUACCACCAUCACCCAGGUUGUGUCGUCGGCUCUCCAUGGCUGUACCCUCAGUACCUUCCGUUCUCUCCCCAGCUGCCUCACCAACUCCAUCGUGCCUCCACCGUGCCAUCCCCACACCUCCAUCUCAGGCAAGAGGACAGGGCCAGACCGGAGGACUGUCUUGGCCUCCAGCCUGGACAAGGAGCAGAGUGAGAGAGAGAGGCUUGUGGAGGAGGACUGUAGCCUGGCCAUGCUGUCUCCUGACCAGGGUUGUCUGUUCACCGGUCUGCUGUCCACUGGCUGGGAGUCCCCUCUGAGGGAACCGUCCCCCUCACAGCUCCGCUACCCAUCACCCCGUAGAGACCUCUCCCCCCGGGGUCGCUUCUCACCUCGAUGGGACACCUCCCAGCUGAGGCCCAGCUCCCCCAACCUCAACCCCAUCCAGCACCUCUCCCCGGCCUGCAUGGAGAGGCCCCUGUCCCCAGGCGGAGUGGACCUGCCUGGGAGGAGGGAGCCAUCGGCCCGGGGCAGACAGAGGGUGGUGCUGAGGGCUGUGUCUCCACGUAGAGGGGGCUCGCAACACAGAGGGUCUGGCGAUAAAACCAAGCGACAAGCCAAGGCUGAACUUGUCCACAAGGGAGGAUCCAUUGAAAUGGAUUUGGAUCAGAGGAGAAGCACGCUCCCCAAACUGCCUGGUCCCUACAUCUCCAGUUGUACCCAUCAUAACGUCCUCAGCCACCUUCCCCUACACUCCCAGCAGCAGGUUCGAACUCUACUCCCCAUGGUCCCUAUCGGGGGGAUCCAGAUACUGCGCACUUUGCCCUCCUGCAGCUCUGACCGGACCCAUCUGUCAGCCCUGUUCCAUCAGAAGACUGAGCUCCACCAGGACAGUAAUAAGGAGGGAUCUGUCUGUGUGGCGGGCUUCGGUGCAGAGGACUCAGUAGCCCAGCAGCAGGAGAAGGAGUGGGAAAGGGAGAGGCCGUCCCCCCACCAGACACCCUGGGACUCUGAGGAGGAAAAAGAUCCUGCCUCUGUCCUCACGGUCAGGGACCCUAAGCAGGAAGAGGGUCUUCAGACCUGCACCAAGGCCAUCGCCUCCCUCAGGAUCACUUCUGAGGAGCAUCUAUAGACUGGGGUUGCAUAGGGCUCUGGCCAAAAGUAAUGCACUCUAUAGGGAACAUACGCUACAUGACCAGAAGUAUGUGGACACCUGCUCGUCUAACAUCUCAUUCCAAAAUCAUGCGCAUUAAUAUGGAGUUGGUCCCCCCAUCGCUGCUAUAACAGCCUCCACUGGACUUGCUUCCAUUCAGCCACAAGAUCAUUAGUGAGGUUGGGCACUGAUUUUGGGUGAAUAGGCCUGGCUCGCAGUCGGUGUUCCAAUUCAUCCCAAAGGUGUUCAAUAGGGUUGAGGUCAGGGCUCUGUGCAGGCCAGUCAAGUUCUUCCACACCGAUCUCGACAAACCAUUUCUGUAUGGACCUCGCUUUGUGCACAGGGGCAUUGUCAUGCUGAAACAGUAAAGAGCCUUCCCCAAAUUGUUGCUACAAAGUUGGAAGCACAGAAUUGUCUAGAAUGUCAUUGUAUGCUGUAGCGUUAAGAUUCCCCUUCACUGGAACUAAGGGGCCCUUCCUGAACCAUGCAAUACAGUUGGCACUAUGCAUUGGGGCAGGUAGCGUUCUCCUGGCAUCCACCAACCCUAGAUUUAUCCUUUGGACUGCCAGAUGAUAAAGCGUGAUUCUUCACUCUGGAGAACGUGUUUCCACUGCUCCAGCUGACGCUUGGCAUUGCGCAUGGUGAUCUUAGGCUUGUGUACAGCUGCUCGGCCAUGGAAACCCAUUUCAUGAAGCUCCCGACGAAUAGUUAUUGUGCUGACGUUGCUUCCAGAGGUAGUUUGGAACUCGGUAGUGAGUGUUGCAACCGAGGACAGAUGAUUUUUACGCACUUCAGCACUCGGCGGUCCCGUUCUGUGAGCUUGUGUGGCCUACCACUUCGCGGCUGAGCCGUUGUAGCUCCUAGACAUUUCCACUUCACAAUAACAGCACUUACAGUUGACCGGGGCAGCUCUAGCAGGGCAGAAAUGUGAUCAACUGACUUGUUGGUAAGGUGGGAUCCUAUGGCGAUGCCAUGUUGAAAGUCACUGAGCUCUUUAGUAAGGCCAUUCCACUGCCAAUGUUUGUCUAUGGAGAUUGCUCGAUUGUAUACACCUGUCAGCAACGGGUGUGGUUGAAAUAGCCGAAUCCACUAAUUUGAAGGGGUGUCCACAUACUUUUGUAUAUAUAGUGUACCUUGGAGCUUCCUCCAGGAGCAGCUGAGCCUCUCAUCCAUUGCCCAGUCCCCAGCUUGCCUGGUCCUAGAUCUGUUUAUGCUGUCUUGCCAACUUCUAUGGUCACAUAGGAGUUGGCAAGACAGCACAAGAAGAUCUGGCACCAGAAUACAUCCACAGUCCCUCUCAAUCUCAUUCCUCUAGACAGACAGACAGUCAGACAUACAAAAUGACUUCAUCCAGUCCCUUUUGGUUGGGUGUUGGAGGCUCUCCUCUCAGUCGGUUCAGGUUUCUGCAUGCUAGUAGUGUAAAGGCCAGUCAUCUAACACGCCCCUCCCCUCCUGUCUCCCUCCCACAGACUAUAUCUAUAUCUGAGCGAAGAACAAACCUUGAAAUACAGGAUCAACACAAGACUUCAUGCUCUCUAUGAAUUUCUCUAUGAAUUAAGAGUUUUUGAACAUUUAGGUCAGCAGAAUCCUCAUAGGGAAGGACAAGCAAGAAGUCAGUUGAAGCGGUGGACACAGGUGCAAAACAUGGUGUUAAAGUAAAUGCUUAUAUAUUAGUUAAGCUUGCAUACACUUGCACACAAACAUAAUUAUUGAUGUUGAUUAUACUCCAUAACCCACUCUUAACACAUACAGUAUGUGCAUACACAUGUAUAUGUGGACAUGUAUACGUGGACAAGCAUUUCGCUACACCCGCAAUAACAUCUGCUAAAUAUGUGUAUGUGACCAAUAACAUUUGAUUUGAUUUGACUACUUUGAAAAUAGGCUGUUAUUGUAUUCAUAUCGAGUGAUGAUAGUUAAGGGUUUGAUUAUUGAAAACAUUGGAGAGGAAGUAACAACAGAAGUAUCUGAAAUAUGAAAGUAUUUGAAAAUUGAGUCUGACCAAAUUUAGCAUAGACUUGCUUCUUGUCCAGUUUGGUGCUUUUGAUUGAACAGCAAAAGUCUGUCUGUGCCUUUUCUUUGCUUUCUACCUAUGUUUUGAACGAGCAUAUUAAGCAAGGGAAAAGUGACUAUCAUUUUUAAGGAACUUUUAAUCAGAAUUGUCUGACGUGACAGUGUUAUUUAUUAUCAAUGAAUAUUGCACUAAAACAUAUCUUUUACUUUGUGGAAUGAAAUUGCUGAUUUGUGCCGCUACGUUUAAUGUAAAUGUAUCCAUUUUAAAUGUUUUAUGUUGCAGAUUCUCAAUGUUGUGUUUUUAUCUUUAUGCUAUUGCACAAAUAGAGAAGUGAAUAUUAUGUAUACUGUGAGAUGUCUUUAUAUAUUAGAAAAGUACUCUCUUAUUGACGAUGGAAAAUAUUUGACUACUAUUUAUAUGCUGUAUAUUAUCUCCACUUAUGCAACAGUGUGUCCCACUGACCGAAGCGUAUGAGAUCCUUAUGAUGUCAUGUCAUUGCUUUAUAACUUAUGGCUUUGAAUCAAAAACUUGUUUUUGUUAUUCUGGCCACUGAACCCUUUAUGAAUUGAAAUAAGCACUUUCCUCCUAACUUUGAUAACUGACUGAGGUGGUGAGUGAGGAGAAAUAAAAACAAUCAUGUGA